UGUUCGCUUCCACUCCACGCCAAGAAAAAGCCUCUCGUCACCAAUCGACCUCCAUUUCCGUCGAGCCCGAAGCGAAACCGACUCCGAGCCACCGAUGGCGCCCAAGGCCGAGAAGAAGCCCGCGGAGAAGAAGCCGGCGGGCGAGGAGAAGGCCGACAAGCCUGAGAAGGCGGAAAAGGCGCCCGCGGGGAAGAAGCCCAAGGCGGAGAAGCGCCUUCCCGCCUCCAAGUCCGCCGGCAAGGAGGGCGGCGACAAGAAGGGAAAGAAGAAGGCGAAGAAGAGCGUGGAGACGUACAAGAUCUAUAUCUUCAAGGUGCUUAAGCAGGUGCACCCGGACAUCGGCAUCUCCUCCAAGGCCAUGUCCAUCAUGAACUCCUUCAUCAACGACAUCUUCGAGAAGCUGGCCCAGGAGGCCGCCCGCCUCGCCCGCUACAACAAGAAGCCCACCAUCACCUCCCGCGAGAUCCAGACCUCGGUGCGCCUCGUCCUCCCUGGGGAGCUCGCCAAGCACGCCGUCUCCGAGGGUACCAAGGCCGUCACCAAGUUCACCAGCAGCUGAGCGAGCGGCGCCAUCCACAUAUUUAGGCCUCUUCUAGGGCUCCCUCGCCGUGUCCCCAGCCUCCCUAUCUUGUGCGUGCCCUCAAAUUUCGUUUUUUUGCCCCCGUCAAGCGAGAAGAUCGUGCUUAGGUAGUAGCUUAGCUGGCCUGCUUUGUAAAUCGUGCUGGAUUGUAAUGAACGGCUUGGAUUUCAAGAAACGGAUGUGGAGUGUUGUCGCUA